CACCACCUGUAAACUUGUUGGCGUAAACAUUUCAGAAUUUAGAGUUUUCGCUUCGAGUUUUCGGGUCGAGUAGCGAGGCCUUUAUAAAUCGUCACUUUCCACGUUAUAUUGCGGCUGUUGCCUGUAAACAAAUAUCGAAUAUAUAUAUUAUGAAUCUCAAAAUGGCAACAUGCCGAACUCUAAGAAGACAUCUCUGUAUUCCACCUUGCUCUGAACAAUUUUAUCUUGUCAUAUUUAGACACCUUGAUCUUACCCACGUAAGACAUAGAUGCAUGACCGUGCAUAGUGCAGUGAUUAUUAGUUGGUAAUUCGAAGCUUCUUCCAUGAUUGAAAUUUAUGCAUCGCUGACAAGAUGACUCCCGCACAAAAAAAUGCCUAUCUCGAAGCUCAUAUGGCCGUGCAGCAGCAGAUGGCUCAAGCUGCAUUGCAGCUUCAACAUCAGCAUCACCAACAGCAACUGCAACAGCAGCAUCUCCAGCAACAACAUAGCCUUAGCUAUAAUCGAGCUGCAAAGAAAACCAAAAUCAGCCACGACCCUCAUCAACUUCUACAGCAAGGAUCACAUCAAUCACAGCAGCAUCAGCAUCAACCGGGGAGUUCGCCCUCUGCCCAUCCGAAUCCGACCGUCAGCCAUUACAUAAACACGAUAAAGGUGCCGCAAAUUAACGCCGGUACGCACGCAAGUGCUUCCAAUGCGGCCAUUAACACUGCUGCUCCUGCUGGAACAGUUACCAGUACCACAAUUGCCACUAGUUCCGCAAGAAUUACUUCUACAGGAAGUACUAGCGGAAACAGUGUUGGCCGUGACGGUGGCGGUUGUAGCAGUGGUAGCAGUGGAAGCAGCACCUUCACCGUGCCUGAUGACGUCGGGAUGGGAUUUGAAGGUGGAGUACGCGUUCUUCAAAGUUUAGGGAAUUGGUCACCGGAGAUUCCACCCAACAUACCGCGACCGAACCUGAUACCAUUCACGGAACCGUAUGCCGAGGGUGGUUCUAUGCACCCGGCAACGCGACUAAAGGCCUUGCAGCAAGUGCAUCAGUCAUCGGCUGCUGCUGUUGCAGCUGCAGCAGUCGCUACUUCUAGCGCCUUACGUUCAAAAGCGUCUUCAGUGAAAAGCAAGGCAUCCGGAACGACCGCGGAUCCUACUGCCUCGUCUAAACCGGUAUUCGAGUGCACCGUGUGUGGAAAAGGGUUAGCACGCAAGGAUAAAUUAACCAUUCACAUGCGCAUACAUACCGGCGAAAAGCCGUACGUCUGCGAAGUGUGCGAUCGAGCGUUUGCGCGCCGUGACAAACUGGUGAUACACAUGAAUAAGUUCAAACACAUUACCCCAACGAAUAUAGCUCCACUCGGCAAGCGUCAGAAUCGUUCAUUCACGAUAGUGGAAAAGGAUGAGUUUAAAGGAGAAGAUAAUACAUCACCAAUGCAGACCAACCAUCAGGCAUUAGUGACGACCGUCGUGAACAACAUUGCAAUUCAAAAUCCACAUCAACAACAGAACCAGUCGAAUAAUCAGCUAUCUCAACAACAACAACUAGUUCCUUCUAGCCUGCAUGUGCAACCCGCUGCAUCCGACGAAUCACAAUUGGGAAGUAUCGGUUUUGAUCAGGCACACCAUUCGUUGUCGUGGCCGUGUGAACUAUGUGGCCGAUUGUUUGGUUCCCGAGAAGAAUGGACUGUGCACGCCAAAAGCCAUCUAGAGCCGUUCGAGCUCAUCGUCGACUACUGCCUGCAUUGCAUAUGCAACUGGCCGUUUUGGACGGAAAACGGGUCGACUAUUUUCUUUAAGCUGCAAUCUGAUUUGCGCUUUCGUGUAGAGCCCCGUGCCAUUAAAAACCUCCGGAAAACUUUUCUGCAGAUUCUCAGGGAUAUGCGUGUGAGUUGAAAUUGUAGCACAAAACGUAUUCAUAGGAACUGAUGCAAGCUCAAAAAGAUCCAUUAGAUCUGCUCCUAAUAAAAGAAGCUCACCCGGCGCCACGCGAAUGAUCGCUGGUUUUAUGACAUUAUUUAUGGAAACUGUUGAUGAAAAUUCCCCCAAAAGCUUCAGUUCUUCGUUAGAGGCAGUUUUUGCAUUUACUGAAGGCUUCACCAAUGAUGGUUGCCCUAGUUUCCUCCAUGCUGUUUCGUCUAUGACGGUUAUGUCAGACGCUGUAUCCAACUGCAGGAGUAUGACCGUUCCAUUGAUAGAUACACUGGCAAAUUUGCGGUUUGCUUGUACGCUGCACACCCUAACGGUAUUGGUAGAAAAAAAUUGAUUUCUUCCCUGGCGAGAACCUUUUCGAUUGCGACAGCGAUUUUCCCGAUGACCAGCCUUGUUGCAUACUCGACUCUUUUGUGCAGCUUGCGGACAAUCUUUUACCCAAUGCAGUUCACCGCACAGCCAACAAGGAUUGGACGGCUUAUCGUUUCCUGAUCGGCCAUCGUGAUUUCCGCAGCGCGGGCGUGAUCCCUUUGCCCGAAAAUCAGGCUUGUUCCGCCGAUCGCCAUUUUGUAUUGCAUACACCUGCUCUCCUUUUUCACCCACAAUCAUUGCAUUGUCGAGCUUUAAAUUUGCAAUACGGUUGCACUCCGCCGAAAGCUGCUCGAGUGUUACAUCAGCGCGCUCUUCUAUGCGAGUGAGCAAUUUGAGCCUAAAAUCUUUAUCCGUUUCCUCCUUUAACCCACAUACAAAAACGAGACACUUAAGCUGCUCUUCGCUCAUCCCUUUUAGCUGGAAAUUGACACACGCUCGAUUGGCACGACACGCGUACACCAGAAAAUCUUCGGAACGGGAUUUAUUGAGCUGCAUGUACUUAUAACGCUUAUUUAAUAGCGAUUCUGCCUUGCCAAAAAUUGAUUUCAGCUUCUCGAUUAAGGCUUCUAGCGUAAAAUCACGAGGAUAAUGGGGUAAUAUAAAAUUGACGUACCUUUCGUGCUCCAUUGCACCCAGCUUACGCAUGAGCAGCCUCACCUUUGCGGAAUCGUCAAUCCGCGCAGCAUCAUUGAUGAAUAAAUCCUCGUACCGUGAGUACCAGGCCUCGAACGUGAUUCCGGCUUCGGCCUCGAAGCGGAACUCGGUGAUGUUACUGGCCAAUGCAUCAAAGAUUUGCUCCGGGUUGGGUGGACCCGGCUGGAACUGCUGCUGUGUGUGUGAUGCUGUUAUCGGUUGUGAUACCGGCUGCUGCUGCUGCAUUAAUUUUGUCAUCAACUGUUGCUGCAUUUGCUGCAUUUGCUGUUGUUGUUGCAUUUGAUGUUGCAAAAGUUACAUUAAUUGGAUCAUUGAAGGCUCACCGUUUGCGCAUGAAUUCGAUAGCGAUGGCGGGUGCUGGCUUAUGGCUUGCGGGAACGAUGGCGCUUGCUGGCUUGUCGCUGGCUGGAACGAUGGCGCUUGCUGGCUUGUCGAUGGUUGGACUCGCGUGGGCUGAUCCAUGGCAAGAGCGCUGGGCAAGAGGGGCUGACCAUUUACCGGUUGCAGAAACACCGGUCCCGGAACCUCGAAAUGCUUCGCUGCUCUUCAUCCAUCUCGAUGUCUUCCGGACUUGUGUCUUUUCGGCGCCGUUUACGCGUUGACAUAAUUUUGCACACGUAUUACGUUACACUUUUUUCACUACUUAAGUCCUUUUACUCGUCGGCACUUUUAUGGUUUGCAAUGUUAAUACUUAUUACUUAUUUAUUUUAACAAAUUCAAUAUUAUAUAAAAUAGACGCGUUCACGAGACACGCACUGUACAAGUUAAAACGGGACGAGCACGCGCUACGUCCAUCCGGGUCGGCGGAUAAAAGAUGAAGAGGCCGAUCCCGGGCCCUUCAUUCCCGAACUUAGCCGAGCAGCGCCGAGCUUAGCCGAACGCGUACGUCAACCCCUUGUCACGUGGCGACAGGGUUGAGUAGCGGUGCUGCGUUCAGUUUCCCAACACUCUCCUCUUAUACUGCCGCGACACGUCAUCGGCACUCGUAACACAGGUUAGUAGCGCACCAAAAAUGGUAGUAUAAAAGGCAAAAAUCGGUGAUUGCAACUUCAGUACGCCUAGCACUCUUGCCGAUGACACAUCUAGCGCAUGCAUUGAGCCAAAACAAAAACCACUCAAAUUUUUUUUCCUAUUUUUAUGUCCAGCGGUGUACUUCGUCU